AUGAAGAAAAAAACCUACUACGACGUCUUGAACGUCUCGCCUGUCGCGACGCAAACGGAAAUCAGAAAAGCGUACCACAAACUCGCGAUUCAGUAUCACCCGGACAAAGUCAAAGACGACGACGGAGACGAAGGAACGAACGCGCAGAAAGGGAAAAAGGAAGAGAAAACGGAACUGUUCAAGAAGAUUUCAGUCGCGUACACGUGCUUAUCCGACCCUGAGGAGAGAGAGAAAUACGACGAGAGAAUGCGAGGAAUGUGUGGGAAAGGUUUGAUGUCCGGGAGGAACUUGUAUUCGGACGAGGAGGAGGAUGAUGGAUACGACGUAUUCGGUGAUGAUGAGGACCAAUUUUCCUCGCAAGAUUUGGAGCGAAGGCUGUUUUGCGCGAGAGUCGGCAUCGCGGAGUGCGUGGUGAGAGUCGUUCGAGUAACUUUAGAAGAUAUAUUCGAAGGGAAUAAAGUAUACGUAGAAUCUGUUCCGGUUUUUAAGGCGGAUUUUAUACGGAAGAGAGUGGUGCCGUCCGUCGCGCGAGUGCGCGUGGUCGUUCCGAGAAACGCGCGAGACGGCGAUACGAUGUACUGUCGAAGCGACGGAAGUCAAAUGCAACGCGUCGCGGUUGUCAUUCGGGAGAAACCGCACGAGAUUUUUUCGAGGAGCGAGAAUAAACGAGACGAUGUGGUAGCCUUGAUUCGAUUGACGAGGAAAGAGUGCGAGGAAGGCGCGGUGAAAAUAAUCAAAGGCUUGAACGGCAGAGAGAUACAAUUAAAGGUGAACAAAGGCGCGGUGGAAAGAGGGAAAGACAAGUGGCACACGGUCGUUGGGGAAGGGUUUUACAUCUCCAAGCCGAGGAUGGACGUGAACACUGGGAUUGAAGCGACGACGACGAACGGUCAAAAUCAAGGGAGUCGGGGCGAUUUGAGGGUUCGAUUUCGACAAAUGUCCGGGUUCGAGGCGUUUUGGAGGAAAGGCUCUCGAUUGUGGUGGGCGAAACGUAUCGGUGGAUCGAUCGUGGCGUACGCGGCUUUGGAAUUAGGUGCGACGGCUCUGUUGCACGUGCUGCUCGACGCGUGGGAUAUUUUAGAAGGACCCGGGGAUCAGUUAUUUUUAGAUUCGUUUCCGGGCUUGUACGGGAUUAUCCCUUCGACGUCGAUUAUAUUCGCCGGACGGGGAAGAGCCGGGAACGAAGGCAGCGAGACGUUACAUAGAAAUAUAAACAAGGCAUGGAACGCGCCUCGCGAUAUGCCGGAUAACAUACGGUCGGACCCGCCACCGCGCAGACCAUUUUCAUUCUUUCGGCGGUAG